GCGACACAGUUCCUCGCGGGGUCGGUCGCUAAGGCAGUUGGUGGAAGUAUCGCUGGUUUACAGCGGGGCUCGCAGUGCACGUUGGGCAGGUUCUGCAGCAUCGCUGGAAAAAACAGUAAUUUACUGAAGCUCUUUAUUACCAACAUUGGACUGCACGUGCAGAUUAAAGUAUGGCAAUGGAGAUCAACUUUCUAAGAGAUCAAAAUCAGAGACUAAAUGCAGCACUCAGACAGCAUCAAGCAGAGAACCUUUUGAGGACUACCUCUGUGCAAAAAAAUGUCGUAAGGGGUGAUGACCCACUGGAACCGUGGCUGACUGACCAAAGCUUACUGUCCCCUCUAAUUGCUGAGUAUGAUAAACAUCUGGAGGAAAUGAGUGAACAGCUGCAGUACUAUCAGACACAGAUGGGUGAGAUGAGACUAAAACUUCAACAAGUCACCAAGGAAAAUGAAAGACUGCAUGAGGAAUUGAAAGACGCUGUUGAGAAGCAGCUGGAGGCCCUUCCUUCUGGCACUCUCUUGGGGAGUGAUGUGUUUGCAGAUGAAGAAAUAGUAAGAAACCUUCAAGAUCAGUUACAACUAGCCAAUCAAGAAAAAGAGCAAGCACUAGAGCUCUGGCAGACAGUAUCACAGGAACUAGAUCAACUCCAGCAGCAGUACCAGGGGCACAUGACUGAAGCACAGAUUCAUGUGGUAGAAAGGCAAAAGCAAAAAGAUCAGUUGGCUGGCUUUCAACAACUGACUGAGCAACUUCGAUUAGCCAAUGAGAAAACAGAGUUGACUAACCAACAAUUUUUGAAAACAGUAACAGAACAGAAUAUGGAACUAGAACAGCUACGCAAACAACUGAGGCAAGCCAAAGUAGAUGUGAGAACAGCAACUGCUAAAGUUGAUGAAAUGACCAAAUUGUUAGUGGACCUUCAAGCCCAGAUGGAGAGAAAGGAAGAAGAUGUAGUAUCUGCUCAGGAGAGAGAGGAAGCAUCAGACAAACGCUUGCAGCAAUUGCAGUCUAGCAUAAAACAAUUGGAGACGAGAUUAUGUGUAGCUGUACAAGAUGCUGAACAGUUGAGAACAGAGAGGACUGCUCUCGAAAAACAAACUAGAGAGCUACAGGCAAAGUGUGCAGAUCUAGAAGAGGAAAAAUAUGAUGCUAUAGUAAAAGUCCGAGACAGCAUGCAACUCUUAGAAGAAGCUAACCUACAAAAAAAUCAGGCCCUGCUCGGAGAGAAGCAAAAAGAAGGGGAGAUAGAAAAUAUGAAAGAAGCAAUUUCUCAGCUUGUACAAGAUGCUGCUGCAAGAACUAGAAAGGAAGUAGAGAAUGCAAGGAAGCAUUACAAUAUACAGAUUUCUCGAUUAACAGAAGAACUUUCUGCUCUUCAAAUGGAAUGUGGAGACAAGCAGAGUCAAAUUGAACGGGCCAUUAGAGAGAAGCGAGCAGUGGAAGAAGAACUUGAGAAAAUUUACCGUGAAGGCAGAGGAAGUGAAUGUGAUUACAGAAAACUGGAGGAACUGCACCAAAGGUGUCUGAUUGCAGAGCGUACAAAAGAUGACCUUCAGCUGUGUCUACAGGCGGCACGAAACAAAAUUAAACAACUGGAAAUGAACUCCGAGGAAGAGAUAUCUCGUUGCCAGGAAAUGGUUUGCAAGCUGCAAAGCAUUCUGGAUUCUGAAAGAGAAAACUCUGGCUCUAUGAGUGAACAAAGACUAAAACUUCAUCAAGAAAAUGAACAGUUGCGUAAAGAAGCAGAGGAUUUGAGGAAACUGGCCAUGGAGGCACAACAAAAAGCUAAAUUAAAGAUAAGCACAAUCGAACAUGAGCAUUCAGUGAAGGAGCAUGGGUUUGAGGUUCGACUGAAAGAGAUGGAAGUCACUAAUCGAAAUUCCACUGUUCAACUGAGACAUCUGUUGGUGGCUCAGCAAAAAGCAACUAACCGGUGGAAGGAAGAAACAAAGAAGCUUACAGAAACUACAGAAACCAGGAUCUGUAAUCUGAAAAGUGAGCUGAGUCGACAGAAACUUCAUACACAAGAGCUGAUUUCUCAGCUGGAAAUGGCAAAUGAAAAGAUAGCUGAGAAUGAAAAAUUAAUGAUGGAGCAUCAAGAAAAAGUCAACAGACUUCAAAGGCGACUAACACAGGCAGAACAGAGGGCAGCUAUGGCAUCUCAACAGCUCAACGUGAUUACUGUGCAGAGGAAAAAAGCUGCCUCCCUGGUGGAUCUAGAAAAUAUUUAA